AUGUGCACCUCCAGACUUGGCCGCUUUACGCAGGCAGCAAAACUUUUGCCCCCGAACUCGGUGGAUGCUGUGGACUUGAACUGCGGCUGUCCCCAGGGCAUCGCCAGAAAGGGGCACUACGGAGCGUUUCUGCUGUCCGAGCCGGAAGUGAUUGAGGGCAUUGUCCGGACGCUGGACCGAGAGCUCGCGGUACCAUCUACCGUGAAAAUCCGGCUCGUGAACGCCAACGAAUUACAGGACACGCUGAAGCUCGUCUCCCGUUUGGAGGCCGCAGGUGCCUCCGUGCUUUGCCUUCAUGGCCGGACCAAGGAGAUGAAGGGCCAGUCUACUGGCCCACCCAACUGGGACGCCAUCGCAGCGGUCAAGCGUCGAGUCGGCAUCCCGUUAAUUGCAAACGGUGGAAUCCACACGCUCCCCGGCUUGGUUUGGGAUUCCUGGUUUUUGGAGGGUCUGACGCAACAUACGAAUGGUAGAUUCAGAUGUGCAUCGUGA